AUAAACCCCGGGGCUGAGGGCACAAAGGGGCACAACUCAGUCAACACUUUCUUUAAAGGAUGUAUGAUGCCUUUUUAGUAGUUCUUCUCUUGGCGCUGCAGGGUUCAUACUUUUUUUGUGAGCCGACACUCAUCUCUCCACGAUCAUCAAGGAAGCCUACAUACAUACAUAAAUAUCAUCUUUCUUCGACCCAACUUCUUGCAAAAGCAUCACCAGUGCAGAUUCAUAAUUCACCAUCACCAGCUAUCCCGGCCCGCCCCUGAAUAUCGACGGAAGCAUUGGGACUGACAACUCCGGCCUCCUCUGGUCCACAUUAUUCCAGCGCGCUUUCACCAGAUCAAUCUCUCGUCGGCCCGAUCGUGCAAAUCAAUCAUACCCGGCCAGCACCACAUCGAUCAGGGUGCAUUCCGAAGUGGUCCAGUCCGACUCCCAAUUCGACGAAACCCCAGGCGAUCUGAGUCAGUCUGAUCGUAAAUAGCUAUCUAGCUGCACUGAAGAUGAUGCUCAGCAUCCGAUCAUCCUCAUCGUCCGACUCACCUCCACUCCAUCCACUCCAGUCCGGCCAGCUUAGCCAUCAUCAUCAUCUCCCGCCACUCCAUCGAUCCCAGUCCGGUCGAUCUGCUUCCAAGACCCCACCCAUGCCCAUCCACCCCACCGAGCAUCCACCCCCUCGAACUAUCUUCCAAUGCAAUCUUAAUCAGCCACUCUUCAUGCACUAUCUGCCCAAGCCUGCUCACCAUCGCUCGAUCAUCUCCCAGCCUCAUCCCUCAUCAUCCAUCCCCAAGCCACCUCCACCAAGCUUCCUCUCUACUCACUCAUCCUCACUCACCGUUCUGCUGUUCGAUCGACUCUCCGCCGACCAUCGAGCAACCAAGCCGCACUUCAACAGCCCCAACUCAAUCAAUCUGGCUAGCCGCUCUCUGCUUCUCUACCUCCAGAAAUUCAUCAUGAUUCCCCAGCCAACUCAAGAUCAGCUCCUGCUGCGUUCCUUCCUGGCCGAUAUUGCCAAGUCAUGCUACUGGUCGAGCUUGAUCCGACCCCUCAUCUUCCUCGUCAUCAGCUACCAACCCACCCUUCGUCCCUCCGAUCGCCCUUUGCCCAAGCUCCUCAAUCCGCCCAAGCUCCCCGAGUCAUCCAGUCCUCCUGCUAAGUUACCCCUACGCUUAGCCGCACCACCCGCUCCCAAGAGAUUCCGAGCAGCCAGAGGUUUCAAGUGUUCACCCCUCGUCGAUCCCGACCCAUCUAUCCUUCAUCAGCACCAACCUUCGUCAUUUCAUCUCGCACGCUCCACCGCUUCUCGGACCAUCCCCCAAUCAGCCCUCUUCAUCCCUCCGUCUCGCAAAGUCAUCAGCCAACUCGAGAUACACCGACUCUCAGCCCGAGCCCAGAGUCGAAUGCAACGCUCCCCGUACUGUCCAGCCGAAGACAGUUUAGAUGGAGAUCAGCGUCACCAGCGCUACUAUCUUGUCAACGCCUAUCGUGAAAAACUCUUAUUACUCUAUGAACCGUCCGAUACACCACUCCAUCCACCCGUACGCCAGCAGUUCGAACUCGGUAGCGACGAUGACGAGGAUGAGCACGAGCACGGCUGCAAUGACGAUGAUGAUGGUUUAGAACCAUUGGAAGACCUGCUCGAUUGGGACUCCAGCACUCGUCAGAAUUGAAUCUUUUUCCUGGUCAAUCAGAUGGCCCUUCAAUCAGCCAGACUAUCAAUCUCGCCUUGCUUCAGCCCCAAGUUUCUCCUCAACCUGCCCUCUUUGGAUCGUUCGAGUACCUCAUCAAAGCCGCAUCAGUCAGUAAGCUGGCAGAACUGAUUAUCAAUCUGUCCGCCUCCCUGGCAAGUAUUUGCUACAACCAAUUGGCUAAGCUCUUGGUUUUUGGCCUGUUAUAGGGAUUCGCCGUCUGAUUGCUGUCAUUUCAUUGCUCGCAGGAACUAGCUCUUGUUCCCGGACGACAGCUUAUUCGAGGUUUUCUUCUAAAUAUUUCCACAUUUUACUUCAUUAUCAGUAGUAGUUUUUCAUCCUCUCUUCUUUGUUUUUAUCUUGCGUCCCCAUCCCUCAAAAGUACACAGUCAUCCCCCAUUUUUUUUCCUUUUUUUCGCUAUUGCUAUUCGAGUUUCUGCAAUCCGUGAUUGUGUCUUUUACCAUUAUUAUAUCUUUAUUAUUCACGCUACUACGAUUCAGGCUGCGCUGCAACUUAUUCAUUAUGAUUCUACUUUGACGCUUGGGUGAAUGUUGAAUACACGAUUUUAUUUGUAAUCAUUAUUAAUCAUGACCUCUGAUGUCCUGCAACAAUAGUCCCAUACAAACAUGUCUGGCUAUGGACACAUCAUCUUUGGCAAGUUCCACAAACCAGCAAAG